UGAAUACCACUAUUUUAAGUCCAUACAAGAUUGUAGAAGGUCAGAUUGCUACAAUGACAUGUACUGUAACUGCUGCUAAUCCUGACACAGACAUCAGAUGGAUCUGGAUCAAGACAGACAGUCCCAGUAAUGUCCUCCAUACACGGUCUACCUACACAAUACCCAACAUACAGAGAGAACGGUCAGGGACCUACAGCUGUAGAGCCGACAACUCCAUAGGGGUGUCUUCACCAGCUACAAUACAAGUGGAUGUACAAUAUGGUCCAGCUAUGGUAAUGUUUUUCCCAGAUGUCAUGACCAUUAAUAAAACAGAAAAUCAAACACUAUUCCCGGUUCAUUGUGCAGCUGUCUGUAACCCUAAGUGUACAUACCGAUGGACAGGUGUGGCUACUGUGAAUUCAGGAAUGUUAGACCUUGGAGUACUUAAGCGUACAGAGAGAGGGAAUUACACAUGCACUGCUAGCAACAGCAUCAGUUCCUCCUCAAGAACCAUCAGUGUUUAUGUCAACUAUCCUCCAACGGUAGAAGUAUUCCAAGACAGUGGCAACACGACGUAUGAAGAAUCCUCGCCAUUCAGCAUCACUUGUAAAGUUGACAGCUAUCCUUUUUCUGACUUAAACAUUAUGAAUGUAGAUACUGGAGAAGAAAAGGCAUCGGAUGGACCAUUAGUAUCCCUUACAUACAGAGAGUCAUCUGCCAAGUGUUAUCACACUGCAAAUUAUUCCUGCUACAGUACAAAUUCAUAUGGAUCUACUUCAUCAUCUUUACAACAAAUAUUUAUACUUUUGGUCAUUCAGUAA